AUGACAUCGGUAUACCUCAUCCACGUUCAUGACGACGUUCCCAACCUACGUCGAGCAAAUGCUGCUGGCGACAGACUGAAGCAAAAGGAAGCCUUCGCGGAAAUUUACAUUGGCCUAGGCUGGGAAACACCAAGGGUCAUCCAGCUGAUGAUGAGAGCCGAGAAUUUCUAUUCCGAUGAGCUUGUGCAGGUCAAACUUCAGGAGUGGUCUCAGAACCGAGUGGUCCUCCUUGGUGAUGCAGCUUGGGCCCCAUCUCCAUUUACCGGCGAAGGAAAUCAGCUGGCAAUCAUAGGUGCUUGA